AUGUUUGGAUCACACAAAGCUGUCGGCCUUGAUCACAGCGUUUGCGUGGAUCGGUACUCUCGCUACGGAGCUUAUGGACUAGAUGAAUUCAAAUAUGAAGAUGCUCCAGGGUUCCAAAGACCCCCUAGAAUCUUCUGGGGGAAUGUCAAUUGGGGCUAUCUUCAAUCAACAUGCUACGAGCGAAAUGCCGACAGGUUUGACCCCAAUCGAUCAGACCAGCAUUAUACCAAGCACAGCCUCUCUCAAUAUUCCCCCGAUCCCAUACAACACACAAGCAAUCCAGAAAUUCCUACAGGACUCGCGUACAAAUCUCGCUCAGCUGUUGUUCUACGCGCGUCAGAAACCAUGAGAUGGACAUCCAGCCACGCCCAGUAUCUCCGCUCGCUGAUCAUGGAGCUCUCGCUGCACUCAGGAUCCGAGUACCAGGUCUUCUUCUUGAUCGAUGUACAUGACCCAUCAAUUGACCUAAAUUAUGACGAAGGGGCUAUUCACAGGCUGAAGCAAAAGGUCGUACCAGCUGAUUUGUUACAAGAGUGGUAUCCCAAGAUGGACGAGCAUCGUGCCAUAUACCAGCAUCUCCAGGCAAUCCAGGUCUUCUCUGUAAUGUAUCCCGAAUUUGACUAUUACUGGCAACUGGAGUUUGACAACCGGGUCAUUGGACAUACCUACCAAUUCUUCGAGCAGGCCAUCGAGUUUGCCAAACAGCAACCAAGGAAGUAUCUGUGGGAGCGCAACGCCUAUUUUUACACCCCUGGUGCUCAUGGAAAUUGGAGUGAUUUUUCUGCUAUGGUUGCUCAAUCGAUGGAAAACAAAGAAAAUGUCUGGGGCCCUGUGGAACACGAAAGUAUAUCCCCAGCUGGGCCCACACCACCCGUCUCCAAAUCCGGAGACGAUGACUUUGAAUGGGGAGUCGGGGAGGAAGCUGACUUGAUUACCUUCCUGCCAAUAUUUGAUCCACGGAAUACAUCAUGGACAUUCCCGUGGAUGGUUUGGAAUUUAUCCGAGGAUAUCCCACGACGCACCUCUGUCAUCACUCAAUGGCGCAUCUCAAGAAGACUCUUGGGAGAGAUGCAUAGCGCCCAACUAAAAGGGCAAGCCUUCGCAUCGGCAAUGUCAGCUCCGUUUUGGGCGCUGUUGCAUGGUUUCAAGGCUGUCCAUGUCCCCCAGCCGAUUUACGUGGAUGGAAAAUGGACACCCACGGAAAUGUCCCGAAUCUUCAAUCGUGGUCCUCCGGAGAACAUGAAUGGAGACCCCCAUAGCAUCUGGAAUUGGGACCAUCAGUUUGACUACCUCUGGUAUCGAAUCUCGUAUAUGUUCGCGACUCAAACCGCCGAGGACUUGUUCAGACGAUGGCUAGGGUUGCAGCCCAAUUCGAGUCUAUACCUCAGUGAACAAGGUGUUGAAUACCGCCCGGGGAGAUAUUGGGAUGAAGGUGGUAGCGUGGAUGAAACUGCUAAUGGUCGAUUAUGUUUUCCGUUCAUGCUGUUACAUACGAUCAAAAAUACGGAGCUUGAAAAGACGCUCAACCUACCUGUUACUGACUCUGCCCUCCAAGAUGAUGCUAUUUGA